AUGCUGGCGUUUUUGCUGAGAGGGGCGGCAAUGAACCGCUCCAUCCACUUCGCCUUCCUCAUCCUGGCCGUCGUCGCCGCCGUGGUCAGCUAUCGCUCGAUCGCCCGCCGCGGCCUCAUGCUACAGCCCAUCCAGCGCCUCUACGACGAGGAGAAUGAAUCGCUUGACGCCGGGGCGAUGAAUGAGACCCUGUUCCUCCUCGCCGCCCAAGAACCUGGCGCAACGGAGCUGCAACGGAAUGUGGCGGACCUUCUCUCGGCGAACCUCGAGUCCAUUGACUUGCCUGGCGAGCUGUACCGGCAAAUCUCUAUCUGGCGGCGGGGAGUGAAGCCGAGAAAUCGAUCUAUGUAUUUGGCCCGCAUCACGUUCCUGGCCCGACCGGAGCACCCCCAGCACGACCAGGUUUUACCGGAGUUCCGGCGGCUGCUCGGCGAUUGGUUCCGCAACCGCCGCGACUUCCGGCCAGAGGUGAUGUCGGAUCUGGUCGACCACAUCAAGCGCCCCAUCGAUCUCAACAACCACUACCCUUACUCGGGCAAGCGGUACCCUACCUGUGCCGUCGUGGGCAACAGCGGCGUCCUCCUCAAUGCAGACCACGGUGACCUAAUCGACGCACACCACCUCGUCAUCCGCCUCAACAACGCCCGCAUCAUUGGCUACCAGAGGCACGUCGGCGCCAAGACCUCCCUCUCCUUUAUCAACAGCAACGUGCUCCACGCUUGCGCUCUGCUCGAGGGCUGCUUCUGCCACCCCUACGGCGACCUCGUCCCCGUCGUGUUCUACAUCUGCCAGCCGGCGCAUUUCAUCGAAUACAUGAUAUGCAAUUCCACGCACAAGUCGCCGCUUCUGGUGACGGACGGACGGUUCGACGCCCUCUGUUCCCGCAUCGUGAAGUACUACUCUCUGAAGUUGUUCGUGGAGGAGACCGGGGAGUCGCCGUCGACGUGGGGAACAUACCACGACGAGCGGUGGUUCCACUACUCGUCAGGGAUGCAGGCCGUUGUGCUCGCGGUCGGCAUCUGCGACAAGGUGAGCAUCUUCGGUUUCGGUAAGUCACCCCAAGCGAGGCACCAUUACCACACGAACCAGAAGAGGGAGCUGGGCCUCCACGAUUACCUGGCGGAGUACGAAUUCUAUCGGGACCUCAUAGAGCGGCCGCAGUCCAUACCCUUCCUCAAAGACGCCGGAGUUAAGGUACCCACUGUUGUCUUCUACCAUUGA